CUUCCCUAUGUCACACGCAUAGAGCACAUCAGGGUACCAGGCUGGAGUAUGGUUGUCUGACAGUCGCAUCAAAAUGGCAAGUAACAUGGAGCCCAAAGACAACAAUCUGCUGCAAACACCUGAACAGGAAAAUGGAUCAAAACACAAACAGUUUUCUCCUGGCCAUGUACGUAAACUGGGGUUGACGAGGAAAAUGCCAAAAAGGAGGGAUUUAAAGGAAGAUGAAAACCCAGAAGAGAAAGCACGGAAACACAAGGAGCAUGAGCUGAAGCCUAUGUAUAAAGAGCUGCUGUACACUAUCGCUCAUAAAAUGGGUUACUCAUCAUCAACUGAGGUUUACACAGAUGACCAACUUCACCAGUACAUCAAGGAGGCUUUCACUAUGACAGAGUCAGAGCACAGCAGUCUGAGCGAGAAAGUAAAGAGCACGGAGCCCCCAGUGUACUGUCUGAUGGCCACAGUAAAGGAAGCAAAGGGAAUCCUGGGAAAAGACGUCACUGGUUUCAGUGACCCGUACUGCUUGCUGACCAUCCUGGAGGAUGAGGAGGAGAGUCGAACACGCAGGUCCAGAGCAAAGCCCUGUAAAUCUGUUGUUAAGGACGCUGUAUCUGAUGAUAAAAUCUGCCAAACAGUUAUAAAGAAGCAGACUCUGAACCCCAUCUGGAAUCAAACCUUCAUACUAGAGUUUGAAGACAUCACCGGUGCGAGCUUUCACUUGGAGAUGUGGGAUAAGGACGAAGAGGUUUCACUUUCUCAGAAACUUGAGGACAUCAAAUCCAAUUUCAACAGUUUAAGAAGGUAUUGUGCUCUCUCAGUGACUCUCAUACAAGCAGUAAACCAAUCCAAGCAUUUAAACUUUGUCCUGUGUUAUAUGUUUAGGAUGAUCAAGGAGGCCAAAAAGGAGAAAGGCACAGAUGACUUUUUGGGAAAUGUUGUCAUUAAACUAAAGGAUCUUCCCUGUACUGAAGACAACUGGUACAAUCUGGAGCCUAGAACAGAGACUUAUCCUGAUCGCGGCCAGUGCCACCUGAAUCUCCAGUUCAUCCAUAAAGAGAGAGAUGGGACGCUGAGUGCCGGUCGUAGUGCUUACAUCAACUACUGUGGGAUUCUGCAGCAGUUUGUUCAGGCUUACAUCUCCAAGCAGAAGAGUUCAGCUCCGUGGAAAGGGGCACUAUGCGGCGAGGCUGAGACCCUGCUGGAGUUCUAUGCUACGCAGAAUGACCUCUCACCUUUUCUUCAGGACCUGGCGAAGUGGGUGGCGUACAGUAAGCUGUACCAGAGUUUAGAGGUGGACUCGUCUUUGCUGUUGCAGCAGCUAACCUGUAUAGAGUACCACUGGCAUCAGCAGGAGCUGCCAUACCAACAGAAACAGGAACUUGGGGACUCUCUUCACGGCUUCCUGCAGUAUGGAUUGUGUCUGGUGGCCAAAUACAGAGACAUCUUCCCUCCAACUUCCAGCGCUACUCCGAAGCUACACACACUGCUCAGAAUCUUGGUCCAGAUCUGUAAAACUCAGCCAUUUCAAAAACUAAACCCAGCCCAGUUUGAAUUACAUGAUGGAGUCAGUGAUGCCAUACAGACAGGAACAGAGGAGUGGUUCACCAUUAAGAAGGGUUUGCAUCAGCCUAUGACUAAGGACCUGUCAGAGAUUGUAAGCGCCCUCUCCAGGUUGAUUGGGGAAGUGCAAGACGAUAUAAAACACAACAAAGAUAUGUGGAACAGAGUCUUUGUCAGUGCCGUUCAAGUGGAUGUGUUCACUGUCGUCUAUCAGAAGUUUGACACUUUGCUCGCCAAGGAGGUGAGGGAAACCUUGUCCCUGAUUGAGGGUCAGAUGGAGCAGGCUCUCGCCAACAGUCUCUUCACUGUUUAUCUGAGCCUGCAAGCCAUCCACAAAGACAAGGCGUUCCUCCAGAAAAGGGGAUUUCUUGAGCUGACAAACUUUCAAGAGGGCUUCAGGGAGGCUCUCCCUUAUUGGCUGAACCAGGCGUUCAGCACCACUCAGGACAGGGUGGAGAGGGCUGUGCAGGUAGACCAGCUCCAGCCCUUGCAGUCUGGUGCUGUGCCCAUAAAACACAGUUCCUCUGCAGUCGACUUGGUGGCGUGUAUCCAGCCUAUCUGCCAUCUGUGGGAGCAGCUGUCCUGGCCUGACCCUGAGGAGGCCUUCAUGCUCAUGGUUAAACUCACUGAGGAUGUGUGUAAGAUUGUGGUGACCUACUGUCAAAUCCUCAAGAAGAGGGUGAGGAUGCUUUCUGAGAACUCCGACCCCGGCAGUGCCAUCAACAUGUUGUGUGUGGUGGUAAAUGACCUAGAGCACUUACGAACAGUGCUGACUCAACUACCUACACAGCUGAACUGGACCGGACUUCGAGAUCGAACCCAAAACGUCAUAGGAGAUAGCCAGUUCCACAACACUCUGCCCUCACAGCUUCAGCAGGCCCAGGAUGUCCUCGGCAAAGAGAUCCGAUCUGCAUUGAACACUCUGGGGAAAAAGUUAAACACAGACAUUGAAACUCAUGUCAGAAGCAUGGCAACCAGGCGGAGAAUCCCCUCCAAGUCCACAGAGGAUGCUGCAGCUCCUUUGAUGCGCUACCUGGAGCAAGAGCUAAAGUAUAUGAAUGAAAACCUAGUUCAGGAGAACUUCAACAGUCUCUUGAUUCCUUUGUGGGAAAACUCAGUGAAGAGCCUCUACCAGGUGGCUACUAACCAUUCACAUCAGGAGGGGCUCAUGGUGUUCUGCCAAAGACUGCUGUAUACACUGCAGUGCUUGGAGCAGUGCUUCCAUGCUGAGGGGAACGGGCUCCCUCUGAAUUCACUCCACUCUGAAGAAUACAAGACUCUCAAAGGUCACCUCACCCACAACUCUCUGAGCAGCCAGCAGCUUGUGGAGAAGUUCUUUAAGAGGAAAAUACGGGAGCAGAAGGAGUACAGUGGAGAAAAAUACGGUGCUGUCACUCUCCUAGUUUCAUACAGGAGAUCAGACCAAAGACUCAGAGUUGAGGUGUUGAAUGCAGUCAACCUCCUACCAAUGGACUCCAACGGUCUAAGCGAUCCGUUUGUGCAGCUCUGUCUCGAGCCUUCCUACAUCUUUCCUGAGGUGGAGCCUCGGAGCACUCAGAUCAAGAGCUGUGAUCUCAAUCCACUUUUUGAUGAGGCCUUUGAAUUUCUGGUGUCCCUGGAUCAAUGCCAGACUCCAGGGGCCUGCCUGGUGGUGACUGUUCUGGACCACGACACUUUGAGAACCGAUGACUUUGAGGGCGAGGCCUUCCUGGCACUAGAGGACAUACCAGGAGUUGCUGGUGGAAAGAGAGGAGUAGAACUCAACUCACUGGCAGAUGCCGCCCCUGAUCAGAUCCGGAGUCCUCUGAUGCAUCCUAAACCCAAUGAAGACGCCAUCCUGAGGUUACUGGAGUCCAGGAAAGGCGAGCGAGAGACGCAGGCCUUUGUGAAGAAAAGAAGACUGAGAGAGAAACAGUCCCAGGAGGGGAUUCAAGAGUAACAAACACACAGACAAUGUCUUCCUCCAAAAAUAUACAAUUUGUUUUAAUGAUCGGUACCAAAAAAACAAAAGAAAAGAAGUCCACUCAGAGAGAAACACUGCUGUCGGAUGAGUUGUGUGUACAGAAGCACAGGUUUAUCAAAGACCAUCACAGUGAUCAUGACCCCUUUCACAUCUCACGUUUAAACCUCGUACACCUUCACAUCAUUUGUCUGCUUCCUGAUGUUCCGUCUGACACACUGAAAUGUUAAAGUCUACUACAACUGUCAAAAAAAAUAAAAAGAAAUGAUGGCAGAGAAA